AUGUGGAAACAAGAAUUAAAAAUUCAAAUGAAAAUCCUUACCCUUUCGGUACUUAUAAUCUCUUCCCUAUUUAGGGCAUUUCUUAUCAUUUCCAAACUUGAAAAGAAUAGAUGUGGAUUCAACUAUUGCGAAACACACCUGAUUACUAUUUUUAGUGCUAUUGGAAUCAUCACAAAGAAAGCUAUUUAUGAAAGCGAUGCAGUGGUGUCAGAGGAGCAGAGAGAAAUUAUCCGAGGAACGAAGGCGAAUGAGCAGAAUACAUUUACCGUGGCUCGUGUCUCCUGUAUAUCAAGCCCACCAUGGCACAUGGAAGAGGAUCACACACGUGGCACGAAGGUUGUUGCUGCGCGCGAGAAUAUGAAGAUCUCAAGGAAUAUUCACAGAACGUGUAACCGAAUUUGUUUGGGAAGAGGAAGAAAGUACACGUGGAUUGAAUAA